CUGCUCAAACUGCAGCCACCAGCCAAAGACAGAGUCUAAAGACAGAAGUGAGGGUUGUGCUUUUGCAGCAGGAUGGGCUCCAACAGCUCCAGCGUGAACAACAUCCCAAACGCCCAGGAGCUCAUGCAGGAGACUGGCUUCUCUGCUGCGCACAUCCUCCGUCUGCAUGAGAGGUUUGAGUUUCUGGACAAAGACAAAAGAGGACAGCUCAGUCCUCAGGAUUUCGGAGCACUGCCGGAGUUGGCCCUGAACCCCAUCGGAGACCGAAUCAUCGGUGCCUUUUUCUCUCCAGGUCACUUUCAACAGGAAACAGGAAACGUUUCCCUUUCCCCUCUCUCCAGACAGGAAACGGUGGACUUUGCCUCCUUCGUUCGGAUUCUGGCUCAUUUCCGUCCCACAGAAACAAACCGAACCAGAGAUGGAGCACAGCAGGAGCCGGUCAACAGCAAGACCAGAAAACUCAAAUUUGCUUUUCAGUUGUAUGAUCAGGACAGAGACGGAAAGAUUUCCAGAGCCGAGCUUCUUCAGGUGCUGCGGGCGAUGCUGGGGAUCCAGGUGACGGAAGAGCAGCUGCAGAGCAUCGCUGAGCGAGCUAUCCAGGAGGCUGACCUGGACAAAGAUGACGCCAUUUCCUUCGACGAGUUCAGGAAGUCACUGGAGAAAGUGGACAUCGAUCACAAGAUGAGUAUUCGCUUCUUAAGAUAAAGACACUGCUGAUGUUGAAAAGAAGGCAAUCGGAUGCUUGUUCUCUUUACUAAACUUGUUAGAGGAGAUAAAGAUUGAGACACAGCGUGUGAAAUGAUGUGGUGGCCUGGUGGAUUCGGUCAAAGAUUAAGAUAUCUUUUAAUUGGUAUAGAUACAUCGAAGGAGUCUAAUGUGAUCCUGCUACGAGUUGACACCAAAAAACAUCUGCAGCGCUGAAGCACAGGGCUGCAGAUGAAUAUGGAUGAUAAGAUGUUCAGAUAAGAGAAAGUAAUCAAUGAGGUGGGGCACACAGGUGGUGCAGGGCCCUACCAGCACAGAGACCUAGGAUUCAGUUUUGUAAGAGUUGAGGAGAAACUAAACCACUGGACAUACAACAACUAGAAAAGCAACUCAGAGUAGAGUAAGAGUAGAAGCAAGCUCUAUCUAACAAAACCAUGAAGCUAACUAUGGCUAAGUGAAUACCUUAAGAAUUAUAUUUUAGUGUGAUGAACAAAAGAACAGAUACAAGUCUGUACACACUGGCACUUGACAUCAAUUAAAACAAAUUAUCUUUUUCUUUCCAAAACAGUGCUCAAACAUUUAUCUGAUAGUAAUCAAUACUCCCAUAUGCAUUUUAAAUACAAACACAACUGUCAGUCUGGUGGGAGCUGGUGAGGGAUCAUGCAGUUGGCUGCCAGGUCUGAACAGCGGGAGGUAACGUAAACUAUUUGCAGUUGAUAUAUUAUUAGUAGAGGAUUACAGACUCAGUAGUUGGAGUCUGGCCGAUCACUUAAGCGUCUGUCAAGCAAAUAAAAUGAUCAGGGAGGAGAGAGGCCAAGGUGUCAUAACCACAUUUAUCUCCAGUUGAUGUUUAUAAAGAGGUGGUAUUCUGCUUUUUGCCUUUUCCCCUCUCCUUUAUUGAGUUUCUAUCUUUUUUGUGCAUGUAACAGGUUUGCAAAGUGAAAAAGCCCAAAGUGAGUUCCCAUCUCCCACA